CGCGCACAUACAUGGGAAAGCGGAAGUCCAGUAAACCGCCACCAAAAAAGGUUGCUCCAAAAGUGGCCACCGCGUUUACUUGUCCUUUCUGCAACCAUGAAAAUGCGGUGGUCGCUAAGAUGGACCAGCUCACAGGGAAGGGCAUGGUAGAGUGCACAAUAUGCGGGCAGCGUUACACUACCAUCAUCUCGCACUUAAGCGAGCCGAUCGAUGUUUAUAGCGACUGGAUCGACGCUUGCGACAAAAUUAACAGGGGAGAUGGUCGAUGAGCUUAAUACACAAGUCGCUGGUUUGGGGAUGCCAGUUUGAACCUUUUGGGCGAGCUCGAUAUCAAUCAACUGGCUCUGAGAAGCAUCCCUUGGAUCAGCCUUGCGCUGGUCAUGAUAUGAUACUUGUGAGGAGAGAUAAUGCUUACACGCAGCCUCGCCAUCAUUUUAUUCAGGGCCGUGUUCGAGUCGGAAAGUUGAGUAGUCAAACGUCGGGCAUAUCCAUGAGUCUAAAUCCAAUCCUCGAGGUUUAGUCCUGGCUGUUGUAUCUAUAACACGAGUGUCUAGAUGAGCGCACGGCAUGUACGGAGACCUGUGUAUGGAAACUGACCAGACGUUGAAUGAACGCACAGCACGGGCCAGCGGUCGAACUAUCCCAUCUCGUUGCCGGUGAUUCGUCUACUGGUUCCAUGCAUCACCCGAAUAUGGUCGUUUGUCCUUCCGGGCGCCACGGACCGAGCGAUAUCCGCGCUUUCCAGUGGUAAUAUCCAACACGUUUCGCGCCCGAAAGCGCACAUUUAAACACAAUUGGCGUAGCGCGAGCGAGAAAAAAUGCAACUGUCCGAUUUUUUACAUCACUCUUCGCAAAACCAGGACAGCCUUCGCGGGCGACUUCCGUCGUCCGCUCGGGACGUUCGGCGUUCCCUUCGCCUUCUCUUCCACCCUGGCCUUGGUUUUUUGCGUAGUGUAACCCACGCAAUGUG